AUGGCCCAAGGGUUCGAAGUCUACCGGGUUCCAGACCUCGAUGUCGACGUCGAAGUUGCUCUCAGGAAGAGCGCCGAUGACUUUAAGGGACUGCUCAAUGAUAUCCAUGUCGAUAAGAUCGAAAAGACUACCUUCUCCGAUGUAUGCCGAAGUCUUAGCGCUAUUCAAUUUCAGCAACAAGAGAAGAAGACCUUGAUGAAUCUCAACAGGAUUGAGUUAUUCCUUAGCGGCAUGCAUUCAUUACAAGACGUCCUUAGAGGUAGGGGCAUGGAAGAUGUCGAGGGUAUCAUGGCGUUUAUUUGGGGUCCAAUGAGGUUUCUUCUUGAGACCACCAACGUCAACGACAAGGCAUUUGAUCACAUACUCGACGUUUACCAACGGCUUGGUAUCCAGAUUCUUCCCCUUGACGAAUACAAGCAAUUCUUCGCAGAGUCGGUCAAUGGCAGAAUAUGCCUCCUCAAUAUCUACAAGGACGUCGCCGAGUUCCACAAAACCGCAUAUAGGUUAUUUUCUCUUCGCAGCUCGUUAUGGGGUAAGCUAUGCAAAGCGACAUGGAAAGAUCUAGGAUCGACCUUCGAUCACCUAGCAGCGAGCCUCAAACUUCACGCAGACUUCAUUCGAACCCACGGAGAUCGAUAUGCUUUGCGCGUAGACUCGGGCUUCGAAUCACCACAAAACAACGCCCUAUUCAACAAUAACGACUUCCGUCGCAAGUCUCACGAGUACAUGGACAGGUGCCGCCAACAAUGGAAGGAUUUCAGAGAUAAAGAAACAGCCAGGAAGAGGAAGCAAAAAGGCAAGGUCCUCAACUGGAUCGCCGUGCCUAAAACGCUAGAGAAUCUACACAAGAGCUUUGUCGAGAAGAGAGAGCCGUAUCCCGAGACAGGACGCUGGCUUUACACCCGGUACGACGAAGUCUCGAACUGGAUGCGCGAAGAUAUUCCCCAAGAUUCUGCCCUUUGGGUCCAUGGCAAGAGAGGUAUGGGCAAGACCGUCUUGUCGUCGCUCGUGGUCACCCGCUUGGAAGAACUCAUCAGGACCAAAUCCAUACCCUCCGACGUGCAGAUUUGCUACUUCUACUGCCGCGACGACGACCCUGAGCUGAAUACGUACUUUGGAAUACUAAGGGGCAUCAUCCACCAGCUUGUCUCCGCAGUCAGCGUACUCAGCCACGACCCAGACGAGGUGAACGAUGAGGAAGAUGAGGGUCCAGACCACUGCAGCAACAACAACGGGUUUAUACUCCCUCUCUGCGACGACAAGAUCUCAAGUAGCGGCGGCUCAACUCUAUCGACCGCAGAAGGGUGUCUCUCGCUUAUCGAGGCCUUCUUCGAGAUCCAUCCCCGUCUGUAUAUCGUCGUGGACGGGCUUGACGAGUGUACUGGCCGCGUGGAGAUUCAUCAGGCGGUCUCCUUCCUGGUAAGCCAGGUCUCACGUCUUGACGAGAUCAAUCAGGGACAGCUGCGCGUGCUGUUCAUGAGUCAACAGGCCCCCGACGUCAAAUCGGCCAUGACGAAGCCUACCGUCAGUCCAAUCAUAGGCGAGGUUGAGCUCAAAGAUAACGACAACACGCAGGAUAUACGGACUUAUGUGAGGAGUCGGAUGAGCCCAGCAGAGUUAGCCAAAACGCGCCGAACUGUGAGAGGAAGGAUCAAUCCUCGUGAGGAGUUAAUAGUCCCUGGAGACAACUUCAACCUCUUCGAGAGAGAAAUACAGCGCAUCGAGGAGGAGGUAUCAAUGCAGAGCGAAGGGCUCUUCCUUUAUGCGGUCCUUGCAGCGGACUAUCUAUCGAAUCAAUUCACCAAGGGAGACCUUCUGCAGAAGGUCAAAUCAAGAAUGCUUCCUGUAGGUAUAGCCAAGAUGUACGACGACCUGCUGGGGACUCUCAAAGAGAAGAUGCUGGACUUGUCUGAGGCCCACUGGGAAAAGGCAAAGUUGCUCCUCGGAUGGCUAGCCUGCGCUCAUCGCCCGCUCAAAUGGCACGAAAUACAAGCUAUCAUUGCUUUCGAUCUCGUGGAGAAUGAGAUAAACUUCGAUCUCCGGAUGAUUCGGAGAGACAACAUCAAUGACUUUCUCGGCUCGCUGGUCGAGGUCUUACCGGGCGAUGAGAUCCGGCUCAUGCAUUCAACCGUCAAGCAACAUCUGGUGGGGAGUAGACACAUUCACUCGAAAUCAGUUCAAUGUGAUCUCGCCAUUCUGUGUCUUCGCUACCUAUCCCUGCCCUGCUUUACGGACGAGGAGUACACCCCAGCCGAACGCUAUGAACAGAUACAACUGGGCUACUUCUCAUUCCAAGACUACGCCGUGCCUAAGUGGUACAAACACCUUGAGACCGUCAUCGAAGACUGUCAUGACAUCUUUGCGCCCGAUUUCUACGUCGACGCAGAGCAGGGACGGCGGCGUAAUUUCGUCCACGACUUCAACGAUGCCUUACACAGGUUCACACAAGCCUACGACGCAGACCUCAGAAGUCUGACGGACAUACACCAAGAGUUCACGCACGAGCAUCUAUCAAACUUCAUCAACUUACCAUUCUACACUAAUCUUGUCCGGUUAUGGAACCACAUCUACACACACCAGAAGGAAUCCGUCGACGACCGCAACAAAGCCGGCAUCAAACGUCUACAAGACGCCUUCCUAUCCCACCGCACAGUCUUGGAAGAGGAAUACAAGCCGACUACAAUCAUGUGCGGACAGGACACGAUCGAGACCUACUACGGCCCCAACCAGUUCAAAUGCGAACGCACGCUCUGCAAAUUCUUCUACGAAGGGUUCAAGACCAAAAAGGACCGAGACUCCCACCACAACCGCCACAACAGACCCUACUCGUGUCGCCUGGAGACGUGCAGCGCGGCGCCCUUUGGCUUCUCGUCCAACAAGGAUAUGGAGAGGCACAUGAGGACGUACCACCCGGAUGACAGCGAAGGACAGACGCCCUUUAUACAGAUGAGCAGGAGGGUUGAGCAGGCCAAGUUCCCGUGCAAUAUUUGCGGCAAGUGUUUCACGAGGAAUAUCAACUUGAAGGGACACAUGAGGAGCCAUUUUGGCGAGAGGCCAUUUGCCUGCUCGAAUUGCGGAAAGGCGUUUGCGAGGUUGAACGAUUGCCGCCGGCAUGAGCGGAUUCAUACCAGGAAAGGUUCCUGA